GUGUUAAUCCUGCAUUACCAUAGACGUAAAAAUCAUUCGGAUCCGCUCGGAUCUUGUAAUCUCGUUAGCUUCUGUUGCUCCUGUUUCGAUUUUUUCGUGGCUGUCUUUUAAAGGAAGACGUUGUAAAAACUAAAAUCAGAAAUGGGAAUCGGUGCCACCUUGUACAAUGUCGUUCUUAGACGUACAUCUUCUUUUGCGGUCGUCGUUUUAGCUUCCACCUUCGUUUUCGAAAGGGGAUUUGAUUUGGCAGCCGACCAGAUUUUCGACACUAUUAACAAAGGGAAACUAUGGAAACACAUAAAGGACAAAUAUGAGGAAUGAACGAGGUAUUUUAGAGACAAUGUGUGUUAGCUUUACAUUUAAUAGAUAUGUGCUCUACCUUCAAAUAUGUAUAAAUAAAUAACAAUUUAAAUUAUUUAUAUAC